AUGUCUCUGGUCCACUUGGAAACCGCUUUAUUCAAUCUUGUCAACCAUAUCUUCUUCUCGGAAUCAGACGUGAAUAUCACGGCAAUCUCGUACUGCUUGAAGUUGUUUUCGAAAUGGAUCUUGAACGAGUUGGUGUAUGUGGUGUACAACAUGCCUCUUGCUCCAAAAUCCUCGUCCUGGAUGCAGAAAAUCGACGAGAUCGGGAGAACCAUCUUCACUCCCAGCUGGCGAUGCUUGUACGGUCUCACCAGAACCAGAUGCGAGUCAAACAAGAUUGACCCCAGAUACUCAGUCGGCAAUGAGUCUGUACCUGGAUAUUCUGUUGGUUGGCAUUUGGAUCAAAGAAAUGAACCGAAUAUCCAGUUGUUGCUGAAGGAAAUAGCUAGAAGCAACGUCUUGGUGUUCCACCAUGUAGUCGUUGUAGAUGACGAUGGAACUGGCAUUAUAUUGGUUGACAUUCUUCGACUCUGCGAAUUCGAGAAUCUUGGGGACCAACUGGCAGUAGGAGCUGUAUGUGGGGACACUUAUGGCGUUUUGCAGGAUCCAGUCCGCGAUUUUCUCCAGAUGAAGGUGAUCUUCGGACCGCGGUAUAUGUGUUUCGAACAUUGGCGAGUGGAUCGACGAUUUACAUGUUUCGGUGGAAUUGCCGAGCUUGAUCCAGUCGUGGUACAGUUUGACCAGUCCUUCCAGGAAAUGAUUAUGCUCUUCGAGCAACAUAUCCACUGCUCUUGCGAAUCUUCCGAAGAACAGCGGGAUCGGACCGGUCGUUGA